CUCAAGCAGCUGAGCUCAUAAAAAGCAGGGAGGAGAAAGGAUGAAGCAACAUUGACACACAGACAUGCACACACAGUCAAGUGCCUUAAAGAUGAAGAGGCUUGCAUUCGCCUUUGCUUUGUGCCUCUUUGUGGUUGAUGUCUACUCGACUAGUUCGAUUGACUGGUGUUAUCAUGACCCAGCUUGCGACGACAGAACAUGGCCGGUUUUAUUUGGAGAUUCUUGCAAUGGCAGCAGACAGUCGCCCAUAAACAUUGCGACUGCUGAUACCACAGAAAAUGCAAGCCUGACCGGGUUUACUUUCACAAACUUCGGCAACACCGGCGUCCUGGCAAAUAUAACCAACACUGGCAGGACAGUCAGAGUGAACUUUAAUAGAGGGGUGCAGAUUUCAGGGGGGGGUCUCUCCGAGCCCUACGACAGCCUGCAGUUCCACUUGCACUGGGGCAACCGCUCAACUAUUGGUGGCUCUGAGCACACCGUCAAUGGGAGACGCUACCCAAUGGAGCUGCACAUCGUCAACAUCAAGUCCCGUUUUAAUGGGAACACAAGUCUCGCCCUCGAAGACCCGACGGGAGCUGCUGCUCUUGGCUUUUUCAUUGAGGCCGAUAGUAGCGUUAACACUAGCCAACCUUGGCGCGACCUCGUCGCCUACCUGUCUCAAAUCCCACUUGCUGGUGACCUUGUCAACAUUACCAACGAUAUCCCACUGGAUGGCCUACUGGAAGGCGUGAACUUCACAAGAUAUUAUCGUUACCUCGGCUCGCUGACCACGCCCACCUGCAGAGAAAUCGUCGUCUGGACCGUCUUUAAGGAUACCAUCAGAGUCAGCCCUGAGCUGAUUGACCUCUUUAGCACGGAGCUGCGCAUUGACAAUACAACUGAUUCGCCGCUCAUGGUAAACGUCUUCAGGAACAUCCUGCCGGCUCUGCCAGUCACCACCCAGCCUGUGAGGGAAGAGACGGGCGACUCAGUGAAAUCGUGCGCCUCUCUGGCUCUGUUGGCUCUCAGCCUGGUAUUGAGCAGCAGUUAGAACGGUCCCCAGUUAUGCUUUUGCAGAUCUUUCGCCGCACUUUAAUCAUCCAAUUGUUCUUUUUUUGUGUAUGUGUAUGUACCUAUAUCUAACUUAAAAUAAUAGUCGGAUUGUCAUAAAGACUGAUGUACUUAAAGCAGUGGUCCCCAACCUUUUUGUAACUGAAAAUUUGUCCCACGUCAUAAAAAAAUA